UCUUGUAUGCGCUUAUCGUUGUUUAUUAUUGCACUCCACCCUUAGGAAUGUUUAGCGGAGGGGGAAGAAGUGAAAGGAAAGGGGUGGGAAUUUCCACCGAAAAGGUGCUGACGGCUUCCAGGAAGUGCGAGCGGGGACGAUAUAAGGAGACGCGCGGAGCCCGUGAAUUCACAAUCGUCUCAGCUUUUCAACCAACCAGAGAGUUCGGCUGUGCAAGAUCAUCUAAAAUGGAAUUCUGCUGUGGAUUAUUUGGCAAGAAGUUCACCUCAUGGAGCAGCUUGGCGUUUAUUUUCUCAAUGCUGUGCAUGCAGACCAGCGUGGAGUGCUGGUCCUACUUCUACUCCAACAACACCAUGGACUGGGAGCAAGCCCGAACGUGGUGCCGGGAGCGCUACACCGACAUGGUGGCCAUCCAGAACCAGGAGGAGAUCGCACAUCUCAACAGCUGGCUGCCCAAGAUGCCCACCUAUUACUGGAUCGGCAUCCGUAAGGUCAACGGCACCUGGACCUGGGUGGGCACCAACAAGGCUCUCACGGCCGAGGCCACCAACUGGGCUCUGGGGGAACCCAACAACGGCAAGAGCGGGAAGGUGCUCGGCAGGAGCGAGGACUGCGUGGAGAUGUACGUCAAGAGGGGAUCGCAGCCCGGGAAGUGGAACGACGAGAGGUGCGGGAAAGGGAAAACCGCCUUGUGCUACACAGCCGCUUGUCAGAAAGACUCCUGUGUCCAUGGAGAAUGUGUGGAGACCAUUAACAGCCACAUGUGCCGGUGCCUUGAAGGUUUUUACGGAGACAAGUGUGAGCACGUGGUUCAGUGUAACAAAGACGAGCUGACCGUGCCUCCUAAAGGGAGCCUAGACUGCACCGGCAAACACGGCGACUUCUCCUUCGACUCCCUGUGCCAAUAUUCCUGCGAGGAAGGCUACCGGCUGAGCAGGCCGGGACCUUUAAGGUGCACCGCCUCUAAGAGCUGGUCAGAGCCGCCUCCAACAUGCCAAGCGGUCCAGUGUUCGGAGCUGUCGCGUCCAGAAAGAGGAUCUAUGACAUGUCGGGACCCCGUGACCGCCUCUGGCUUCCAGUCCUGGUGUGUGUUCGCCUGCCAUGAGGGCUACGUCCUGUCUGGCUCCCGGUCUCUGCGAUGUGAAGCGUCGGGAAGUUGGAACGCCUCGCAGCCAACUUGUGUUGCUGUCCAGUGUCCCGCCAUGCCUGGCUUAGACAACGGUGCAGUCGACUGCGGCGAGGACCCGGAUGUGAGGUUCAGUUACGGGAGCACCUGCGCGUUCAGCUGCUCCGCCGGCUAUGAGUUGGUGGGGGCCAGCACGGCGGAGUGCACGUCAGCCGCGGAGUGGAGCGAGAUGAUGCCUCGCUGCCAAGCGAUAACAUGCCCCGCCCUUGACCUUCCCAAGAGAGCCCAAAUGAACUGCACCCUCUCCCUCCUCCCAUCCUGGACCCCCUACCCACAAGACACAGUCUGCACCUUCAGCUGCGACGAAGGCUUCGAGCUCCAAGGUGCCCUCAGCGCGGCGUGCACGCAGUCAGGCCAGUGGACCGCCACGCCACCUACAUGUCUAGCUUCCACGUCUCAGUUUAACGCCAUCGUGGCCGGUGCAACAAUAGGGGGCGCCGUGUCCCUGUCUACCCUGUCUGUGGUGAUGUGGGUGCUGAAACGACUGAGGAGGAAAGCAAACAAGUUUGAGUUGAGCAGCAACUCUGACAUCGAGGACCCCCCUCAGGUGUACAAGAACAGCAUUGACAUCGACACAUUCUGUGUGGAAACAUCCAGGCAGUUGGAAAUGAAGUGGACGUGGAUGAUGCUCCUCCUCGGGACUUCUUUAGCUGGGACCUGCUCAGGGUGGAUGUAUCACCACUCCAGCACCACCAUGAACUGGACCCAGGCCCGGCAGUGGUGCAGGAAGACCUACACGGACAUGGUGGUCAUCCAGAACCAGGACGAGAACGACAAGCUGGUCUCCGUCUUGCCAAACAAGACCUCCAGCCCGUAUUACUGGCUGGGACUGACCAGGACGCGGGAGGACUGGACCUGGGUGGGGAACAACAGCACCUGGAUGAGCGAGGAGUCGUGGGCGGAGAACGAGCCCAACAACAACCGCAGCGUGACGGUCUGCGUGGAGAUCUACGUCAACAACGGAGACAACCGAGGGAAGUGGAACGACGAGAAGUGCCGGCAGAAGAAAUACGCCGUGUGCUACCAAGCUCAGUGCAAUGACACAAUAUGUGGACCAGGGCGAUGUCGGGAAGUCGCCAACAAUUUCACCUGUUUGAGUGACGCUGGCCUGCAGGGAAACACAAGUCACACAGCUGAACAGACUCCUAAUGAUACCAUGUUGGCUGAGACCUCUUUUCCUUCAACCUCUCACUCUGAACAGACUCCUGAUGAUAUCGUGUUGGCUGGGACUUCUUUUCCUUCAACCUCUCACUCUGAACAAACUCCUAAUGAUACCGUGUUGGCUGGGACUUCUUUACCUUCAGCCUUUCACUCUGUGCAUUGCACCCACCUGUCACACCCGAACGGAUACCUCAGCUGCUCAGACGGGAAUCACACCGUCAACUCCACCUGUCGGUUCAAAUGUCACCGAGGCUUCCUGAUGAUCGGCUCGCCAGAAGUCACCUGCGGGGCAACGGGGGCUUGGAGCAGCCCCGGGCCAGCUUGUGCAAGGUACAAAACCAUCCUGAUGGCUCUCGCAGGUUUCUGCGCUUUCACCGUUUGCUGCUGCUUCUGCAUUUGUGGCCUCAUGAACAGAAGGAGGAAGCCUCGCAAAGUGAGGUUGACGGAGGAAGCGACAAGACCGCCAAGUGAGCAGGAGACAUGACAAGCCAUUUUUUUAAUACAAAAGCCAAAACCAGUGAAGUUGGCACAUUGUGUAAUUCGUAAGUAAAAACGGAAUACAACGAUUUGCAAAUCCUUUUCAACUUAUAUUCAAUUGAAUAGACUGCAAAGACAAGAUAUUUAUUGUACAAACUGAGAAACUUUUUUUUUUUUUCCCAAAUCAUUUGCAAAUAAACGUUGCAAAAAAAGUUGGCACAGGGGCAUUUUUACCACUGUGUUACAUGGCCUUUUCUUUUAACAACACUCAGUUAACAUUUGGGAACCGAGGAGACCAAAUAUUUAAGCUUUUCAGGUGGAAUUAUUUCCCAUUCUAGCUUGAUGAACAGCUUAAGUUGUUCAACUGUCCGAGGUCUCCGUUGGGGUAUUUUACGCUUCAUAUUGUGGCACAAAUUUUCAAUGGGACACAGGUCUGGACCAGGCCAGUCUAGUCUUACUACAAAACCACGCUGUUGUAACACGCGGCUUGGUAUUGUCUUGCUGAAAUAAGCAGGGGCGUCCAAGAUAACGUUGCUUGGAUGGCAACAUAUGUUGCUCCAAAACCUGUAUGUACCAUUCAGCAUUAAUGGUGCAUUCACAGAUGUGUAAGUUAUCCAUGCCUUGGCCACUAAUGCACCCCCAUACCAUCACGGAUGCUGGCUUUUGAACUUUGCACCUAUAACAAUCUGGAUGGUUCUUUUCCUCUUUGGUCCAGAGGACACAACGUCCAGUUUCCAAAAACAAUUUGAAAUGUGGACUCGUCAGAACACUUUUACACUGCGCUGCUGAUUGGGAUGGUUUCCUGCUGGCUCCGCUGUGAACGGGACUCUCGCUGCUGUGUUGGAUCCGCUUUGGACUGGACUCUCGCGACUGUGUUGGAUCCAUUGUGGAUUGAACUUUCACAGUAUCAUGUUAGACCCGCUCGACAUCCAUUGCUUUCCUCCUCUCUAAGGUUCUCAUAGUCAUCAUUGUCACCGACGUCCCACUGGGUCAUUAUUGUCACCGAUGUCCCACUGGGUGUGAGUUUUCCUUGCCCUUAUGUGGGCCUACCGAGGAUGUCGUGGUGGUCUAUGCAGCCCUUUGAGACACUAGUGAUUUAGGGCUAUAUAAGUAAACAUUGAUUGAUUGAUUGAUUGACACUUUGCAUCGGUCCAUCUUAGAUGAGCUCGGGCCCAACAAAGCCGACGGCGUUUCUGGGUGUUGUUGAUAAAUGUUUUUCACUUUGCAUAGUAGAGUUUUAACUUGCACGCAGAUGUAACGGCCAACUGUAGUUACUGACAGUGGUUGUCUGAAGUGUUCCUGAGCCCAUGUGGUGAUAUCCUUAACACACUGAUGUCACUUUUUGAUGCAGUACCGCAUGAUGAAUCGAAGGUCACGGGCGUGCUGCUUACGUGCAGUGAUUUCUCCAGAUUCUCUGAGCCUUGUGAUGAUAUUACGGAUCGUAGCUGGUGAAAUCCUUAAAUUCCUUACAUUAGCGGGUUGAGAAAUGUUGUUCUUAAACUUUUGGACGAUUUGAUCACGCAUUAAUUCACAAAGUGGUGACCCCAGCCCCAUCCUUGUUUGUAAAUGACCGAGCAUUUCAUGGAAGCUGCUUUUAUACCCAAUCAUGGUACCCACUUGUUCCCAAUUAGCCUGUUCACCUGUGGGAUGUUCCAAAUAAGUGUUUGAUGAGCGCUCCUUAACUUUCUUAGUCUUUUUUGCCACUUGUGCCAGUUUUUGCAAACAUGUUCCAGGCAUCAAAUUCAAAAUGAGCUAGUAUUUGCAAAAAAAAAAAAAAAAAGUUUACCAGUACGAACAUUUAGAAUCUUGUAUUUGCAGUCUAUUCAAUUGAAUAUAGAUUGAAAAAGAUUUGCAAAUCAUUGUAUUCUGUUUUAUUUACGAUUUACACAACGUGUCAACUUCACUGGUUUGAGGCUUUGUAUAAUGCCACAACAUCAACAUAUUUUGUACAUAAAGUAAUUCUAAACUGUAGACCACUCGUCAUUUUAUAUACUUCAAUGAUUUGUAUUGUUAUAUAAUUACUUAGCACUCACCAUAGUGUUUAGGUACAUUGCAAUGUUAAUGCACUUAUGCCGUUUUAAAGAUUAAGGUUGUAUCCAGUUGUCUACCUAAUGCUUUUCUGUGAAGUAAAUGGUGUGUACAGUACUUUUUUUUUUAAACCCUGUUUUGUCCUGUUACAAUAUAGCCCCCCUUAGUAUUAUAUUUUAAUAUUUACAUAUUUAGUCAUACAGUCUGAUGCAAACAUUAGGUGGUUUUGUUUUUAAAUAAAAGUGCAAACA